AUGCGUGAGAUUCCAUCUUGGUGGACAUCAUUUAAGCAAAAUUGGAAUAAAGCAGCAAAACAAGAUCCAACGGCAAAAAAUAUAUCAGACCCAACUUUUGCUCUUCUUUUUAUAAAUACUAAGCAUAGACAUGAUUAUCCUUUGAUAUAUUUUGAUAAUAAGCCUUCAUCAAGAAUUAAUAGCAUAAAUAGUUCUUGGGACAUGAACAUAAAUAAUAGUAUAGAGUUUUUACCAGAAUUUAAUAAUUCUAAUGAAAUUUUUUCAAAUAAUGCUGAGCGUAACUCAUCUGAACUUGAAAAUCUUGAGAAAACAAAUGAAGCUGCAGAUGAGUAUAUUAAGUCAAUGGAGACUGCAAUUCAACUAUUAAAACAAAACAAAAACAACCAACAAUUUAUUGAGGCAUUUGGGAAAGUAGGUGGUUCUCUAAUAAAAGAGAUUGAUACAUGCCAAGAGGUUCUUAAUCAACGCACCCAGCAAUAUUUGGUUGCAUUAUAUAGCCGUAUCAAAAACAUAUCAAUAAAGCCUCGAAG